UCGAAGCCGUCACCACGCCGCAAUUCCCUCGACACUGCAUACACUCCUCACUAUAUGGCCGCUGGCGUCACUGCUUCGCUUCAGCUGCUUUGCUAUGAGUCUGGAUCAGCAGAUUUAUGGUUCGACGGAUUGGCACCUCCCAAGCCCUUCCUCCACUCCAAAGUCCGCAACCUUUCCCGACGCGAGCUUCACCACUCCUAGGACCGAGUCGGCUCUCCAUUCACACUUCCUCGACGCUUGGUCUACCCCUCGCCUCAAUGGGAACCACACCCCUACACAGACGCCGUCCUUUGCCACUUCGACGCCUGUAGCCAGACCGUCGAGCUCGCACACACGCAAGAUACGCUCUCCGGAAGAUCCAGAGUUUCAUGUCAAUCAACUCGUCCCCAGCAACCUCCCGUUACCCCCUGUCGAGCCUUCCCAGCGACUAUCCUCAUCGCCUGGGCCCCUGUCGACGUCAGGAGCGAAAUCCCAUCUACAUCAACCGCCUUCCCAGCGGCCUCCCCCUAUCAGUAUGGAUCCCUCGCAUAUGCAAACCCCUCCACCUACUCGGGAUGCUUCAUCUCGCAGAAGCCAACAGCGGCAAACAGGGAAUGAGUUUGCAACCCCAGCUACCGUCAUCGCUCGCACUCCUGUCCAGCUCCAGCAGCCUGAUCAUACGUUCAACCAGACGCCCUUUGACUUUCCAGCUUUGCAGUUCUCACCUGAUGCAAUGCCCUUUUCAAAUACUGGUCCUUUGUCCGCACCUCCUCUUCCCCAUUCUCGCCUAUUCUGGGAUCGGCCAAGCGAUGGCAACGAUAUGGAUGUGGAUAUCCCGUUAGCUUCAGACCCGUUUGGGCCAACCCCUCACAAGAUUGGCGGCCCCAUUGGAUGGGAGACAUUCCACACUCCUGCUACUACUCAGAUGAACCCUCAAGCUUUUCAAGCCCUUCAUGGUGUGCCUAGCCCAACUUCCGGUAACCUCAUGUCAACUAGCAGUGCCGGCCCAACCAACGACUCGUAUUCGAGACCCAGUUCCUUUGUAUCCACUCCUGCCGGCGUUGACCCUAGCAUGCUCUUUAGCUUCUCCAGCCCCGGCCCAGCUUCGUCAUUCUCCAGGCCUGUGCAGCGAGCGGGCCAAGAGACCAGGCUGCCGUAUGAAACGCAGGAGAAGCAAUACAUGGACUCGCUCAGGGAACGAGAACAGGUGAAGAGAGCAAAGAGUCAGCAUUCACGCACCAGCACGGCCUCAUCCACAGCCUCAUUCGAACAGACUAGACCCGUAUUGCAGCGAAGUGCAACCGACAGCGCCUUCAGGAGGAGCAGACCGUCUUCGGUGGAAGGGAGACCCUCUAGCUCGGCCGCUGGCUAUGUUAUCCCUCGUCGCUCGUCUCCGCUCAAACGACAAAGUGGUGGCUCACUUAUGUCGAUCCCAGAGAUCCGUAGAUCACGCACUCGGCUUGUGAUUGACGAGGAUGGCCGGGCUCGAACAGAGACUGUGAUGGAUGAUGACUCCACGUCCUACAGAGACACGAGGAGAGACUCGCGGAAGGACUGGAGACAUCAGUAUCCGGAUCUUUGCACUGAGGAUGGGAGUGAUUCGGACAAUGACGAAGCUCCGAUAACCUUGAGCCGUAAUUCGUCCUUCACAAUGCCGCAGCGUCGCGCGUCCAAGCACGCCAGAACUGACAGUGGCGGUGUUGAACGUGCCAACUCACUCAAGAUGCCGCGGCCGUCCUCCGGGAAUUUUGACAGGUCCUCUUUUGAGACAGUACGUCCCGGUAAAAGGGCUGCAGACAACCCUUUCCGCAGGUUCAGCAUGAUGGACUUUCCCAGCUCUUUCGGCGAGAUCCAAGAGGUUGGUGAGCAGCAAGUGCCGGACUCACCUGGUGAUGCUCUUGGUGCAUUGAAGAAAGUAGUGGAGGGCCGGCAGAAGAGGAUUGAACGAUCAACGCAGAAUACCCUCAAGGCCCACAACCAGCGCUGGGCACAAGCUUCUGCCGAGCUGAACUCGGGAAACAGCCCCCAUAGCCACUAUGACCCCCUCAACAGCUCCUUCAACGCUUCUCCCACUACGACACCGUCAACCGACCGCAGCAGUCUUUCUAACGACAGCACCCGCUGCAUCUGCAAUUCCGCUGACGAUGGACGACCUAUGAUUCAAUGCGAGUCCUGUAACAAGUGGCUCCACAAGACGUGUGUCGGCCUCAGUGCUCGGAACCCCCCGCCUGUAUAUGUCUGCAUUUUCUGCACCGGCUCCACACCCGUUGCGAGGGGUGGGAGAGUGAGAGGGCCGAUGCCUUCAUUCGACUCGCCUCUUACACACAAAUCUGUCUUCUGGCGCUAAUAUAGACGAUUCAUCUAGCCCAUUGUACUUGGAUGGCAGU